AUGGCUUCUGAACUUGGCACAAAUAAAUCUUUAGAAAAGUGUAAUAAAAUUCAUUCAGGGCAAGCUGUAGAAGGAAAUUCUUGGAAGAACACGAAAGAAUUGCCGAAAAGUAUCAACAAAAAUGCCCCGGAAAAACCCGCAGCCGAACCAAUCAAAUCCCUUCGCUCCUCAGCCGGCAAACUCGACCCCAGUUUAAUGCUGGCCCAACUGAAGGAGAAAAAAAUGAUUUUUGAAAAGAAAGAGACCGAGAACUUCAAGGACAGCUGUGCAUCCACAAAGACAAGCGGUAGCGCGAAAAUCAGCGGGAGGCUUGAAUUUGUUGAGAGUGGGAAAAGCAGCCUUUGCAGAGGCAGCACGAGCACUGACAUAAGUGACGAGAGCACGUGCAGCAGCUUCAGCAGCGGGGUGAACAAGCCCCACAAGGCCAAUGACUCGAGAUGGGAAGCAAUCCAGGCCGUCCGAUCGAAAGACAGCGUUUUAGAUCUGAGGCAUUUCAGGUUGCUGAAAAAAUUGGGGUGUGGGGACAUAGGGAGUGUCUAUCUCUCGGAGUUAUGUGGCACGAGCUGCUAUUUUGCAAUGAAGGUCAUGGAUAAGUCAUCCCUUGCAAGCAGGAAAAAGCUCCUGCGGGCCCAGACGGAAAGGGAGAUACUGCAGUCUUUGGAUCAUCCGUUCUUGCCGAGUUUGUACACACAUUUCGAGACUGACAAAUUUUCGUGUCUGGUGAUGGAGUUCUGUCCCGGUGGGGAUUUGCAUACACUCAGGCAGAGGCAGCCGGGGAAGCAUUUUUCCGAACAAGCCGUGAAAUUUUAUGUAGCAGAGAUCCUCCUAGCUUUAGAAUACUUGCACAUGCUCGGCAUCGUGUACCGUGACCUAAAACCAGAAAACGUCCUCGUCCGUGAGGACGGCCACAUCAUGCUCUCCGAUUUCGACCUCUCCCUCCGCUGCACAGUCAGCCCUACACUCAUCAAGACCUCCUCCUCCUCCACCACCCUCGACCCGGACCCCAUCUACUGCAUCCAGCCCUCCUCCUGCGUGGGCCCCACCACAUGCUUCGGUCCCCGCCUCUUCUCAACCCGCUCCAAAAAGGACCGUAAGCCGUCCAAGAACGAGGUCGGCAGCCAGGUGAGCCCGCUGCCCGAGCUCAUGGCCGAACCCACCGAGGCAAGGUCCAUGUCGUUCGUCGGGACCCACGAGUACUUGGCCCCAGAGAUAAUCAAGGGCGAGGGCCACGGGAGCGCGGUCGAUUGGUGGACGCUCGGGAUAUUUAUGUACGAGCUGCUGUUCGGGAAGACCCCGUUCAAGGGAUCGGGCAACCGGGCAACCCUGUUCAACGUUGUGGGCCAGCCGUUGCGCUUCCCGGAGUCGCCGGUGGUGAGCUUUGCGGCGAGGGAUCUAAUAAGAGGGUUGCUGUGA